CAGCGUUUCGAUUUGUAGUGAACGUCUGAGAAGGACUCCGAAAUUUUCAUUCCGCGCAGUGAACCUCCUCCUCUUUCGGUUCUUUCACUGCCGCUUGAAUACAGGUCGCGGGGGGGAGAACAGACGACAGGGCGGCCACACUGAGCUGGAUGAAUCCGUGGAUCUUCAUUGCUUCACCUCAAUGUUAAUAGAUAACUGACCUUGCUUGUUGUUUAACAGAAAUGGCUGCCUCUAGAACAAAUCUGAGGUUAGUCUUUCAAAGACGUGAGAAGAUUACCUCUCUGCCUUUAUAUUAUGAUGGGUUCCUGUGUAAAAAAAGCUCGAGGGAUAAGGACUUCCAAAGAUACUGGUCAGAAUUACGAGGGUCUUCAAUUUUCUUCUACUGUGAUGAAAAGGAAUCAACGUACACAGAAAAAUUGGAUCUCCAGCAUUUUGUAUCGAUAGAAGAUUGCAGCAGCGUAGAUAAAGAAUCCCAGGCAGCUAACUUCCGACUGCAGCUAGCCAAUGAGAAAGUGAUGCUGAAGGCCGAAAGUGUUGAAGCCAGAGAAGAAUGGAAAGGUUACAUUAUUGUGGUCUCUCAGCUGGAGGUUCCCACUAACUUGUCACUGCUGCCGGGGCAGAUGCUCCGUCUGGGAGAGGCCGUUGAACAAGAAAAAGUACGUCAGUCAACUGCUUCGGUGAGACCAGAAUUGCAGAGUUUUUUGGUGGAGAAGCCCGAUCCAGAGGUGUACGAUGAUGUAUUGACCACAAUGCCAGCGUGUUUCCACAAAAUUUCUCGGAAUGAAGCUGAAGCCAUGCUGGAAAGGUACCCUGAGAAUGGAAGCCUGGUACUGAGGCCUUCCACUGAGAACAAAAACUUCUCAAUCACAACUCUGACCACACAAAUCAGCAAGCGAGUCAUAAAGCAUUACAAGGUGACCUGUGAAGAUGAUGGAUUUGCCAUCCAGCUGGACAAUCCAGUCAAAUACAGCACCCUUCAGGAAGUUGUUGAUCAUUUUAUAAAAGAGACCAAUGGAACUUUGAAACCAUACUUAGACUCCAACAUGUAUGCCAACAGAAUUGCGGUGUCCAAAGGUCAAAGCACAAAGGUACAAAAGAAGCCAGUGCCUAUGUCAAGAGUAGCCCCAAUUCAACGUUCCUCAAAGCUACCAUCUGACUAUCCAGACACCCCAGGAUUGAUGCAAAAAUCAUACAAACCUCAACGAAAGCUGCCUCUCAAGCCAGCAGAGGGGAGCAGCAGAAGUCCGGUCAAUAAAGAGUCUGAACCAAGUUACAUGAAUAAUGAAUUUCUUUUAAAAAUCAAUCAGUUGAACAUAGCGGGUGACAGGCCUCCCAGCCAUACUCCUGCAAAACCAAAAUCACCUCAGCACUUUCCUGCAGGUGGUACUGAUGAACUAAUGAUGAAACUGAUGAAGAGACGGGCAAAGCUGGCAGAAGAUCAGUAAACUUUGAUUCUAACAAGCAACCGACUUACUAAAUUAGAGAACCUGUGAACACCAGCAUUGCAUUCAAUUGAAACCAUUGACUCUUUUAAUGUGGAAAAGCUUUAAAUUAUGAUAAAUGUACAAGAAAGGAAUUGGAAGAGUUGCAGAUUUUACCAAUCUGCUUCUCUUUUGUGUCAAAUCCCGGUGAUAGAGAAGGUGAUGUUCUCACAAGGACAAUUUGAUCAAAGAGCUGGUUCUGUUGUUGGGAGAUUCUAUCUCUCAGUUUAAGGGAUUGACUGCAUUUUUCUAUUCUAUAUACUGAGAUAUGCCAAAAGUUUGGAACAAAUGACAGGACUUUCAUCCAAGAGAAAACUUUAAAAUCUUUGAAAUUGGGGUGGUGGAUAACCACCAUCACAAGAAUUAAUGAAAAAAUGAAUUGCUGGGGUGGAAAACAAUCUUGAAAGUAGUAAC